AAAUGACAGUUCAAGGUCCAGGGAUGAGAUAAAAUUGUACUCUGAGCCAGACUUCCAGGGAGAGUGUUACAUCUUUAACUGCAAACAGGAGGAAAUGCCAGAAAAAUUAGUUACCAAGUCAUGCAGAGUGACGGGAAGAAGCUGGGUCGUCUAUGAGAAUGAACAGUUCUCUGGGAACUUGUAUGUCUUAUCUGAAGGAGACUACCCCAAUCUAACCAGCAUGGGCUGCCCCCCUGACUGUUCCAUUCGUUCUGUUAAGAUUGUGCCCUUGUUGUUCUCAGUUCCUUCCAUCUCUUUGUUCGGGCUUGAGUGUCUGGAGGGCAGAGAGAUCACCACAGACACAGAGAUCCUGAGUAUGGUAGAAGAAGGCUUCAACAACCACAUCCUGUCGCUCAGAGUCAACAGCGGCUGCUGGGUGAUAUGUGAACACAGCAACUACAGGGGGCGCCAGUUCCUGCUGGAGCCAAUUGAAAUCACCAACUGGCCAAAGUUCAGCUCCCUUCACACUAUUGGCUCAAUGUACCCAGUCAGACAGAAGCGCCACUUUUUCCGUAUCAAGAACACAGAGCGAGGUCACUUCCUGUCCGUCCAGGGUGGCGUGGAGGAGUUGAAAUCAGGACGAGUGGUGUGA